CCCGCCUGUGACGUGGCUUCGGUAAUGGCGUGGUCUGGAUGGCAGUGCAUUCCUUACUGAAGUUUCCAGUUUCGUUUCUCCGGAUCCCCGUCUGCUGUCACAUCCACCUCCAGUCCGCAGCCAUGAAACACAACUCCAUACCGGACCGGUGGACAGAAUACGUUCCAGUUGGAAAGCGGAUCCCAGGAACACGUUUUAUCGCUUUUAAAGUCCCUCUAAAGAACAUGUAUGAUAACAAGCUCUCCCCGUGGCAGCGAUUUUCACCUUCAGAUCUCGUUAAGGAAGUCGCCAAGCAAAAUGAAGAACUCGGAUUGGUGGUCGAUUUAACCUGCACCAAGCGCUACUAUUCCCCAGCGGAGUUGCCUAAAACAAUUAUGUAUUCCAAGAUCUUCACAGUUGGACAGCAAGUGCCUAGUGAUGACGUCAUUGCUCAGUUUAAACGCAUCGUCAAGCAAUAUCUAACGCAGAACUCUGAUAACGAUAAACUUGUUGGUGUACAUUGUACUCAUGGACUGAACAGGACUGGAUAUUUAGUUUGCAGGUAUUUGAUUGAUAUGCUAAGCAUGGAUCCUUCUGAAGCCAUAGAAAAAUUCAACAACAGCCGUGGACACAUCAUGGAGCGGAGCAAUUAUCUAGACGACCUUUUACAUGGCAAAUCUCAAAGCAGUGCUGAAUUAGAUAAACCUCAAGUCAACAAGCGCCACUCCUCAAACGGAAAUUUACAACGAUAUCCAUGUCCACGGGAUCAACCCAGGAAUCACAGCUACGAUAAUGGUACUCAAAGACCAUUUGCACAGCCAUCGUUUCAUCAUAAUCCACGUCAAGUGAUGGGACCACAACACGGGUUUCCACAUGCUGGUGGGAGACAUCCUAGUCAUGGCCCUCGGAUACCUUCACCUGGUUUUUUGCCUCCACAUAUGUCAGGUCCCAGGCACAAUUUACAUCAAAUGGAAGGUUACUCAUUCAACCAAUUUAGAGGUCCUAAUAGACGCAGACACUAUCCGCAGAGACCCUUCCCGGAACACACCGAUUAUGGUGCAGCGACUGGCCCACCACCUCAGGACUGUAGACCGCGCUUUCCUCCGCAAGGUGACAGCAAGCCUGGGAAUGGUUUUCCAGCACAGCCUCCUCAUUCACAACAGCGUGGCAACAGUAACCCGUACCGGAGGCAUCCAGGAGCCGGCCGCCAAGAGAAACCCAAGAAACAGUGGCAGUAACAAAUGAUACGAUUAUUUCACUUUUAAAAAAAAUUCUUGCUAAGAUGUUUUAGGAUUACCAAAGGCCGGAUAUAAAAGAUUGCUGCUAAUCUGUCUGCUUUGUACAUCAAGGGUAGGGUACUUGGAGGGGUAGCCUUGCCCAUGCCAUCUAACCUCAUCAUGUAUAGAAAGGAUUAUCACACGGACUGCUGCAGGCGGGCUGGGCACCCAGUGAGUCCUAUAUGUGCAGGGUUUUAUUUUUCAGGAAUGUAAGUGUACUAUUGUCUGUAUACAUCAUGCCCACAAGCAUGCAGGUAGAUCAUCGUGUUCACAAGACGAGCUUAUUUGCAAACUUACUUGACUGAAAGGAGAUGAAACCUGGAAAAUCAGUGGCUAGGCCUUUGUCAUGAAACUGCUGUGUGCCAUUACAGAAGAAGUUCUUCUGCCUAGUUUAAUGUGAUGGAGAGAGGUCCUGCCGUCUGAGGUAGCCAUGACUCUUUCCCAGGUCCGGCCUGUGAUUAAUAUGAUGCUGCACAAUUUUUCCUCGUGAGUGACGCACCUCUGAAAUCAGCUUUUCUGUCACUGCGUUAUGCUGCUCUCAA